AUGUACCACGUCAGCUAUCUAGGUCGUCUAGCUGUCAUACUCUUCAGUAUUUGCACCGUGGUAUUGGGAAUAAUUCUCUCAUUCGUACCCUGGCUUGAUUAUAUUAUUUUCAGAGAAUUAAAGCUGUGGAAUGGGUCUUUGAGCUACAGCUACUGGCACAAACCUGGAGUGAUCAGGUUAACCAAGGUAUACAUAUUCAAUGUGACGAAUCCUCAGGCGUUCUUGGAACAAGGGGAGAAACCGAAGCUGGUAGAAGUUGGACCUUUUGUAUAUAGGGAAGACAUGGAGAAAGUAAACAUCAAAUUUCACGAGAACGACACAGUAACGUACCAACACAACAAGAUCCUGAGAUUUGUGCCAGAACUGUCGGUGGAUAAGAACCAGAAGCUGGUGGUGCCCAAUAUUCCUUUGCUGACGGUGACAUCCUUCUCACCAAACUUGGCAAGCUGGCUCUUCAACUUGCUGGUGUCAGGACUGGCCAUCACUUAUCGAGAUCGCGCCAAGCCCUUUGUUCAUGUUACUGCUGAAGAACUGGUUUUCGGAUAUAACGAUCCUCUGGUGACUCUAGCGCAUUAUUUCUACCCAAAAGGCAAAAGGCCCAACAGUCAAAUGGGACUAUUAUUAGCAAGAAAUGGUACUUUGGAUGAAGUAUCCACUAUGUAUACUGGACAAAGUCACAUGGAUAAAUUUGGAUAUAUGGACAGGAUCAAUGGAUUGGACCACCUACCGCAUUGGGAUGACAAGCCUUGCAACGACAUACGUGCAUCCGAAGGUUCGUUCUUUCCACCUCGCUCGCUGACCAAGUCCGAUACCGUCCACAUUUACGACAAGGAUCUCUGCAGGAUACUGCCUCUACAGUACCAGAAGGAUGUUUACAAAGAUGGUAUACAAACAGGCCUAUACACUCCACCGCCUUCUACGUUCGAGAGUGCUGACAUCAAUCCUGACAACAAGUGUUACUACCGUGGGGAGAAAUGCCCCCCCAAGGGGUUGCAAAAUAUCAGUCCCUGCCAAUACAAUGCUCCUGUUUAUCUCUCAUUUCCACAUUUCUACGAUGCUGAUCCGGAACUGCUUGUUAAAUUCGAAGGACUGAAGCCUGAAAAAAAGAAACAUGAGACUUAUUUCAUGAUACAACCGAAAAUUGGAGUACCUCUUGAAGGAUUCGUGCGUGUUCAGCUCAAUAUGAAGGUAGACCAGGCUCCAAACAUUGCAAUCAACAACAUCAACAACUUUCCCAAUAUCAUCUUUCCAGUGAUGUGGCUGGAGGAAGGUAUUCACGAGCUAUCGACCCCCAUCUGGCGAUGGAUUUACCUAGCCACCACGGUGGGACCAGUAGCGGCCCCACUCAUCACCUACUCACUUAUUAUCUUCGGUUUUUUAUCACUUACAAUAGUGUUCAUAAAAACCUAUAAAAGCCUCGUCAUUGGACAAAACUCCAUAGAAAUUUUGGAGCUUGGAAGACAGACAUUAAGAAGAGGAUCUACAUUAGUUGUUCAUGGCUCUCAUAAAAUACUGCCCAAUAGGGAAUCAAUGUAUCUACCAUUAAACAACGACAAAAUACAAGAGCUUAACUGUGUAAGAUCUGACUGCAGCUUAGAGCUUAGAAAUAUUUUAAGAUCAGACUUUGUACAGUCAACAUUUAAUGACAUGGAAAGGGAAUCUUUGAUUAGGUCUGACAACACGUUUAUAUUAUCAGAACAUAACAGGUGUGUGCAGAAUUAA